AUCGGAAACUAUUUUUGUCUGAAUCCUGAUAAUCCAGCGUUGGAAGAUCUUAAAAAUAAUGAGAAGAUCAAUAAUUUUCUAGAUGAUGGGAAUGCUAUGGUUUUAACAUCUACCCUAGAAUUCAGGACUGAUGAACAGGUGUUGAUCCAUUUGGAUAAUAUCCCCUCCCCUGGGCAACCUGAUGAUAAAGUGAUCAUGUUCUUUAAACGGAAACCAGAUGUUAUCACUCCAGAAAACAUGCAUAGAGAUAUUUUUGUUUCUUCAAUCAUGGAUUCCCCUGUCUCAGCUCUUUAUCAUGCGCUGCAAAAGAUUUAUUCUCCUUUGCUUUUAAAAGAUGCCAAGUGGAGUUCGGAUUUUGACCCAAAACUUCAGAGUUUAAUUACUGAAUUGGAAAGAGGACUGGGAUCAGUUUUAAGAAGACAAGACCCUUCAAGCUUUAAGGUUGAGGAAGAUGAUGGUGGAGAUCAAAUAGAUUCUUUAUCUCUUAUACUCACACCCGCAGACGAAACACAGUAUUGGACUGAUUUAUCCAAGACAGCCAAGAAACGGGAGGACAGAGAAAAGGCCGCCAUUUUCUCUGAGACCCUUACUCCGAUGUCGAAAGAUUUUUACAAUAUUGAAUCCGUUCAACUCCAGGAUGUAGAGGACAUCCUUGAGACCUGUUAUAACGUAGUUGAGGAUCUCUGGAGGCUGGAGGACUAUCUAUACCCGCAGAAGAGGAUGAUUCAUUUGAUGGAUAUUAUUGCUCAUGCUGUUACCAGGUAUAUACAGAGUAAGCUGACCCUCUUGGAUCUGUGGACAGGGAAGUAUUCAGAUGUUGACCUUCUCCUUACACAGGGAAUACAUCUGUGUGAGAAAUGGUUGGAUAUGUGCAGUAAGUUGACCGGAAUAUACUGGGCUAACUAUGCUCUUCAUAUGUGGCAGGGUUCAGGUUACGCCCCGGCCAAUGCUAAGAGUGUUGCCGCAAGACUGAAGGAAAUUCAUUCCCUGCGUACUCUUCACAAACAGCUGACUCAACUGCUUUCUCACAGUGAACAGGAGGAACUGAAAACAGGAGAAAGUUUUGCAAGUUUUAACAGUGUAAAUGCAGUACAGUACAAUCCGUACACUGAACCAACAUGGAGGGCAGCUGUGAAACAGUACGAGAACGCUUUAGCUCCUGCUGAACACAGAAUUGCGGGAAAACUAAAAAACCAACUCAGAAACAUGAAUGCAAACACAAUGCAGUUUCUCCAAGAGUUUAAGCGAUACCAGGAACUGAUACGGCGGCCAAGCAUCCAACGCGAACUGAUUGCCGAGCGUGAAAACCUCCUGGCUAAAAUAUCGGAGUAUAUUGAAAAUGAACGGAAGUCGUUCAGCACGAAUGGAGCAAAGUGGGAGACGAAGGACUUCUCUAAACCUGUAUCUAAUAUAUAUUUUGUUCACCAUGCUGAGGCUAGAUUCGGAGAUGUCAUCAAGACAGGAGAAUUAAUCCUCUCAGAUUUAGGAAGUUGGCCUGGACUGAAAGAAAAAAUCACAGUUUUUAUUGAUGAGCUGAAAAGCUUCCAAAAAGAUCAAUUUGAAUCCUGGUCCAACUCUUACCUCUCCCAGCUGGAUAGUCAGGAAAUAUCCCUGGAGACUGAUAAACAAGUCAUUUACUUCGAACAAGGGAAGGCAAUGAGAGUCAGUUAUAACAGGGAAUUGAUCACGUUGAAUAGAGAUUGUCGUCAGCUUGGAGUUCUUGGGUUUCCUAUCCCGCAGAAAAUACUAAAAGCAAACGAGCUGGCAAAAAAGUUUGCGGGUCAGGCCAUGCAGCUUCAAAAAAUUGCUAAUUUUCAUAACACAAUAGGCGAUAGGAUGAUAACUAGUCAAAGGCCUAUGAUGCUUGAAGCUGCUGUGGGAUUGGCACAGUUGGUUAAAGAGCAAACAGACAUGACCUGGACAGACACUGACAAAAUUGGUAACUACUUAAAAAAGCUAAGAGAGCAUACUGACAAGUUAGCCCGGCAGAAUAAUAUGCUAGCGUCAUUUCAUAAACAAGUGAGAGACAAGGUUUUAUUCUUGAUGAACACUGAUCUUCUGAGACAGCAAAAUAAAUGGAAAGAUAUCUUGAAAGAAAUCAGAUUAAUUAUGACUCAGGUUGAACAAAAUGGAUUUACUAACUUGAAAACAUGGCGGGCACAUUGGGAUCGACAGUUGUACAAAGCUCUUGAGCAUCAGUAUCAAGUUGGGUUGGAGGCCUUAAAUGAACAUCUUCCAGAGAUACAAGUUGAUCUUAUCUACAGGCAACAACAACUCCAGUUUAGACCACCUAUUGAAGAAAUAAGAAUGAAAUAUUUUACCCAACUCAAGCGUUUUCUAUCUAUUCCCAAUAAUUUCCGUGGUGUUGGAGAAUCUACUGAAAAUCUAAUUUUUCCCCUGAUCAUAGAACGAAAUGCACAUAGAUUUGGGCAUUUGUUUAAAAAGGCAGAGGAACUCUUUCAAAGGUUGGAGCAUGUUAAGAUGAAGUUCAAAGAUUGGGUUGUACUUGGUAGUGUUAAUUUGGAAGAAAUGAUUGAAGAAAACUGCUUAACUCCAGAGGACUGGGAAAGAAACUUCAGAAGUUCUAAAGCCAAGGGUCAAGAGAUUGGGCGAAUUAAUAUGGCCAAUGAAAAAAUUGAUUGUAUUCAAGUAAGUGUUGCCCCAGUAAGAACAGAAAUUGAAAUGCUCAACAGAAAGUUGUGGGACACCUUGGUAAACAUGCUACAAAGAUCAAUUCUGAAUGACAUAACUGAUAUUGAGAAGUUUGCUGUUGAGGCGAUGGACACUUUAAGAAAACAACCCCAAAGUGUUGAUGAAAUAGGAGAGGCAAAUAAGAAGCAUAAAGAAUAUGAAGAACUGUCUCCAACGAUGAUGAAAAAGUUUGAGAAUGCAGAUCAGAAAAACAAAAUAUUGGCGGCUUGGUCCAGAGAAAGUGUUGACCAAGUAGCAAGAGUUGCUGGAAUCUGGGACAACUUUACAUCUUUAAUGGACAACUUUGAACUUGUCAUUUCAAAGCAAGUAGAAGCUAUUCAGUCAAAUCUCAUGACUCAGGUUGGAAAUGUCAAUGGAGAAAUUGAUAAAUUCAAAAUGAGAUGGGAUCAGCUAAAGCCAAAAGAGGAUUCAAUGGACAAGAAUCCGGAUAAAAUCUAUGAAGCCAUUGCAUUUGUAAAGGAGAAGAGACUUGAAUGGAAUGAGUUAAUCACCAACAAAGAUAAGUUGAUUGGAGAUUGCAACCAUUUUGGAAUUGAAGAACCAGAAUUUUCUCACUUUGAAGAGAUUAAUUCAGAUCUCCUGAAGUAUGAAGUGAUGUGGGGGAUGUUUGAAGAAUUCAAUAGUGGAAUGGAGGAAAUGACCAAAGAAGAAUGGAUUGUUUUCCGCUCUAAAGUUUUUAAAUUUGAAGAUUAUUUGAAUUCCUGGAAAACAAAGCUUAAUUCUCAAGAAAAAGCUAACACUGUCACUGUUAAGCUGCUACAGGAAAUAGAGAAAACUGGACAAAUACUUCCUGUUCUGAAAUAUGUUCGAGGAGACAUUUUUUCUGACAAACAUUGGACUGAAAUGUACGGCCUUCUUAACAUGCAACCAAAAAAGAUAGAUCACCUUGUGUUUGGGGAUUUCUUAAAAGUAAAAGAUAACCUAAUAUCAAGGGAGAAAGAGCUUCAAGAACUAAAUAAUCGUGCUGCAGGAGAAGUAGUCAUUCGGGAAGCUCUUAAUGAGUUAGAUGUCUGGGAGGUGGAGGCAAAGUUUAGCUUUAUACCCCACCAGUCAUCAAUGGGAGAUACAAUACCUCUAAUUAAAGAUUGGAAGGAUAUUUUGAACAAGGUUGGAGAUAACCAGGUCCUUCUUCAAUCAAUAAAAGGAUCCCCAUACUUCAGCACAUUUGGGGAACGUGCUGUUUCCUGGGAAAGAAAGUUAUCUGAUCUGGAUGAAGUUUUGCACAACCUAAAUACUGCUCAAAGAAAAUGGGUCUACUUGGAGCCAUACCAGGAGCAAAUGAAACUGAAGCAAAACCAAUCAGGGGGUUUCAAUUAUAGAGAGGUUUUCAAGAGAAUUGAUGAUGAUUUCAGACUUAUCAUGGGGGAUGCAAAGAAAGACAAUCGAGUCACAUCAGUUAUAAGAAUCGGAUCAAUAAAAAGUAUGUUGACCUCAAUGUUAGAGAAGCUCGAGAGAUGCCAGAAAAGCUUAAAUGACUUCUUGGAAGAAAAAAGAUCAAGCUUCCCAAGGUUUUACUUUAUUGGAGAUGAUGAUUUGCUUCAAAUUUUAGGCCAGGCAACCAAACCUGCUGUGAUUCAAACUCAUCUUAAGAAACUAUUUGCAGGAAUACACAAUGUAAAUUUUGAUGACGAAGGCAAACAAAUAAUCACUAUGAAUUCUUUGCAAGGGGAAAUAGUUCCUCUGAAAAAUCCUGUAAGAAUAUCAAGUGAGGUUGAGGGAUGGAUGAGUCAACUAUCAGACGAAAUGAAGAACACAUUAAAAGAGCUAUUGAAAGAAUGCUUACAGGAUAGCCGAAAGAAUGAUGGAAGCCUUGAUCCCUUAAAGUAUCCAUCUCAGAUACUAUCUUUAACAGAAGCUAUCAGGUUUUCAGAGAAGUGUGAAGAGUCUAUUAAACAAGGACGGCUAAGUAAACUUCAUUCAGAGCUUGAAUCCCAGCUUGAUUCCUAUACAUCUACUGACCUAGAUGAUGAUGAAAACUCUAAAGUGCUACAGCUGAAAUUAAAGGCAUUAAUACUGGAUGUAAUUCACUAUAUCGAUAUUGUGAAAAUUUUGGAUGAAAACAGGGUAAAAAGUGUUGAUCACUGGUUAUGGCAGAAACAACUAAGAUUUUAUCAGAUGUCAGACAACACCACCAAAAUACGAAUGGUUGAUGCUGAGUUUCUUUAUACAUUUGAGUAUCAAGGAAAUGCUCCAAAGCUCGUACAUACACCAUUAACAGACAAAUGUUAUCUGACUUUAACACAGGGUAUGAAAAUGGGACUAGGUGGUAAUCCUUAUGGCCCAGCAGGGACAGGAAAGACUGAAUCUGUAAAAGCUUUAGGUGGUCUCUUUGGACGUCAGGUUCUAGUCUUUAAUUGUGAUGAGGGAAUUGACAUUAAAUCAAUGGGAAGAAUCUUCAUUGGCCUAGUUAAAAGUGGAGCUUGGGGAUGUUUUGAUGAAUUCAAUAGAUUGGAAGAAAUGACUCUCUCUGCUGUAAGUAUGCAAAUCCAACCAAUUCAGACAGCAUUGAAACAACAUUUGAGCACAGUUAUUUUGCUUGACAAAGAAACCCCACUGGACCCAAACUCUGGAAUUUUUGUAACUAUGAAUCCUGCAGGAAAAGGCUAUGGAGGCAGACAAAAACUGCCAGACAAUUUGAAGCAGCUCUUCAGACCUGUUGUUAUGUCCAAACCAGACAAUGAGCUGAUUGCUGAAGUAAGUCUGUUUUCAGAAGGAUUCAAAGAUGCCCAUAAUAUCGGGAAAAAACUUGUAGGAAUUCUAAAUGCAUCUAAACAACUGCUGACACCACAACAGCACUAUGAUUGGGGGCUUAGAGCUCUAAUGCCUCUUCUUCGAGGAUGUGGAGCUAUGUUGAAGAUUAUCAGAACCAACAAUACAGAAAUGAAAAUUGACAAUGAAAAAGAAGCAGAAAUAGCUGUUAAUGCUUUAAGAUUAAAUACAAUAUCUAAGCUAACUUUUAUUGACAAUAAAAAAUUUGAAAAAUUGGUUAAAGAUUUUUUCCCCAAUGUAGAAUUCAGCAAUGCAGGAUAUGAACAGUUAGAUGAGGCAUUGAGAGAAUCAUGUGUAGAACUUGGUUUGGAAGUCAAUGAAAAACAAAUCAGAAAAGCUAUAGAACUGUAUGAGCAGCUUAAACAGAGAAUGGGGGUUGUUAUUGUAGGCCCAAGUGGCUCUGGUAAAACAACCUUGACGUCAAUUCUAAAACUCGCAUUGGAUAAAUUGGGAUUAAGUGUAAAGCAACAAACUAUCAAUCCCAAAGCAAUAGGAAGAACUCAACUUCUGGGACAUAUAGACUUGGAUACUAGAGAAUGGACAAAUGGUAUCUUAACAAUUGCUUCAUUACAAGCAGUAGAUGAGCCCACAGAAGUGACAACCUGGAUUGUCUGUGAUGGAGAUGUAGAUCCAGAAUGGGUUGAAUCAUUGAAUUCAGUUCUGGAUGAAAACCGAUUAUUGACUCUUCCCUCUGGAUGGAGAAUUCAAUUUGGACCUAAUGUUAACUUCAUAUUUGAAACUCAUGAUUUGACCUAUGCUUCUCCAGCAACUAUUUCAAGAAUGGCUGUCAUCUUUCUCAGUGAUGAAGACACAAACAUUCCAGGAGUUGUAAAUGCAUGGAUUAAAAAACAACCAGAUGAAAGUCAAGACCUUCUUCAGCAGUUGAUAGAUGAAUCUUUCUACAAAGCCCUUGACUGGUGUAUUCGCACUAAUGAUUUUGUCAUUGAAACAUCUUUAGUGGGAACUGUCAUGAAUGGUCUGUCUCAUAUUACAAGUGAGAUUAAGAGUAAGCUCGAAUUUUGCAUAGAAAUUAUUAAGGGAUUUGGUGGAAAUCUAGGGGCCUCUGCUAGGGAUUCUUUUGCAAAAGAGGUGUUGCAAUGGUGUGGUGAAUCUCCUCCAAGCAGAAAUUCAUUUGCAAUAUUCUAUAAUAAAGACAGGGAUAGGAUUGAAAAUUAUUCUAAUGAAAGUACCAAUGACUUUGAAGUUGAAUCUGUUGGAAGUGGUGAGUUGCCAUUAAUUUUUACAGCAAAUGUACAACUAAUGAUUGAUUGUAUCACUCCAUGGCUGACAGAAGAAAAACAGCCAUUUAUUAUUGUUGGGCCUGAAGGAAGUGGAAAAAGUAAAGUGCUUAAUUACUGCUUCCAGAAAUUAAGAGGCACAAAUGUAGCUGUCAUUCAUUGCAGUGCAAACAUCACACCUUUUCAUGUUAUGGAGAAAUUAUCUCAGAUGUGUUUGACAGUUUCAAGUAGCAAUGGUAGAGUGUAUACACCUAAAGAAGCAGAAAAACUAAUCUUGUGCUUUAAGGAUUUGAAUUUAUCAAAACCAGAUAAAUAUGGAACCUCUCAACUUAUCUCUUUUUUGCAGCAAAUCAUUACAUAUAAUGGAUUUUUUGACAAAAACAAUGAAUGGGUUGGAUUGGAAGCAAUUCAAAUUGUUGGAAGCAUGACAGCAGGAACAGGACUUGGACGUCAUCCACUGACCCCUCGGUUUACAUCAAUCAUUAGGGUAUUCUCUAUCCCUGAAGCUGACAAAGAUCAAAUGGACACAAUAUAUUCCUCAUAUCUCUAUGAAAUACUUAAGUAUGUAGUGCCUGGACACCCUGUGUGGGCCAACCCUGCUAAAGUAACUUCCUUGGCAAAGUCUACUGUUAAAACUUAUAUCCAAGUAAAGGCAGCUUUUUCAGUAGAUGAUAAUAGCCACUACAUCUUCACCCUCAGAGAUCUUACUCGAUGGUGUACUGGAAUAAUACGGUACAAACAAGACGAAUCUGACCAGACACAAGAUACAAUACUUGAGAUAUGGUCCUAUGAGUGUAUGCGCCUUUUCAGAGACAAGCUGGUAUCUGAAACUGACAGGAAAAAGUUUGAUUCAAUCCUGUCAAGUACUCUAACUUCAGACUGGAGCAGUAAUCUAUCGGAAAGUAUGAUAAACCAAUUUUAUACUACCUCAGGCACCAAUGAAACUGUUUCAUCCCUAAUGCCAUCAUUUGGGAGAUCUUUGGGAAAAUUAUCUCCUAAAGAUUGGGAGUCAGCAGUUCAAAAUGGGGCUCACCUUUUUUCAAGGGAGAAUUGGGAGCUUGAUCCCUAUACCACUGAAGAACUGUUGAAUUUAACUGCAAGAUGUGACAGGGUACUCUCAAUGCCUGCUGGCUCCCUUCUUCUUGCUGGAAGAGCUGGAGUUGGACGAAGAAAUGCUAUCAGCAUUGUCUCUGCUCUUCAGCAAGCUAGAAUUGUAUCUUUAAGGAUGGGUAAAAACUAUGGACUUAAGCAAUUCAAGAGUGAUCUUAAGACUGCUAUGCAAGCUAGUGGAGUUGAGAAUGAGCAGGUCUAUUUUCUGUUUGAGGAUCAUAACAUGAUUGAUGAUACCUUUUUAGACAUGAUUAACAGUCUUCUUUCCUCUGGAGAGGUUCCCGGGCUGUAUACAGCAGAAGAAUUGGAACCAAUUUUGGUACCACUGAAACAAAAUGCCAGCAUCAGUGGUUUCAGUGGUGAUAUAAUGAAGUUUUACGCAGAAAAUGUUAGAAAAAAUCUUCAUAUCAUUUUAGUAAUGGACUGCUCUCAUGAAGAUUUUACAAUAAUUUGUGAGAGCAACCCUGCAUUCUUUAAGGAGUGUUCUGUCCAAUGGUUACCAAAUUUUAGUGAGCAUACUUAUCAUUCUCUUCCUCCAAAAAUAAUUGACAUGUUAGAGGCCAGAAAUGAAACAGAUGAAAAUAACAAAGCAAAGAAGGUUGAUAGACAGAAUUCAAUUUCUGAUGCUAUACUUCAUUCUUUUUAUUCAAUCCAUGACUCUUUGGAUUCAAAAAAGACUACUCCAUCAAAGUUUGUGCAACUAGUUCAAACAUACUUUGGGAUUGUGCAGAGAGAAAAGAAAAAGAUUCAGGACAGAAAAGAGAAACUCUCAGCAGGGGUAUCAAAACUGAAUGAUGCAAGGGAGGUAGUCGCAAAGUUGAAACAGGAAGCAGCAGUUAAAGAAGGAGAGCUUGCAGAAAAACAAAGUGCUGCCAAUGAUGCACUUCAGAUGAUAACUGACACCAUGAGGAAUGCUAAUACACAAAAAGGGGAGAUGCAGCAUCUAAAAACUGACACUUUGAAAGAGGAGAAAAAGAUUGCAGAAAGGAAAAAAGCAAUUGAUGAGGAACUGAAAGAAGUAGAACCUCUUAUUGAGGAGGCAAAGAAAGCUGUUGGAAAUAUCAAAAAUGAAACUUUGUCUGAAAUAAGAUCUUUAAGAGCCCCUCCAGAGGUUAUCAGGGAUAUUCUUGAAGCAACCUUAGUCUUGAUGGGGAUCCAAGAUACUUCAUGGAAUAGCAUGAAGAGUUUCCUUUCAAAGAGAGGUGUCAAAGAGGAGAUCAGAAAUUUUGAUGCAAGAAGGAUUGAAUCAAAAAGCAGAGCUCAAGUGGAACAGCUAAUGAAGACUAAAAGUAAUUCUUUUACAAAAGAAGCUGCUGCAAGAGCUUCUGCCGCAGCUGCUCCUUUGUCUGCUUGGGUUGCUGCUAAUGUAAAAUAUUCUCAUGUUCUUGAGAAGAUAAAGCCUUUGGAACAGGAACAAAAGACACUACAAUCAAAUCUAAGAAAUGCAGAAAACAAGCUGACAGAUUUGACCCAAGGACUAGAUGAAGUUGAUCAGAAAGUAGCUGUACUUAAGGAAAAGCUCAAUCAAUUUACAAAAGAGGCAGCUGAAGUAGAAAUUUCACUCACAAAGACUAAAGAGAUUAUAUUAGCAGCUGAUCAGCUGGUUGCUGGUCUUGAAGGAGAAUACCUGAGAUGGAAACAGGAAGUUGAGUCAAUGGGUCAAAACUUGAAUCAGAUUCCUGCAUUGUCCCUGAUAGCCUCAGGAUUUCUAACAUAUCUUGCUGACAAGCCUGAAGAUCUUCGAAAAAGUCUGAUUGACAUGUGGUGUUCCAAGUUAGGGGUUUCUAAAUUUGAUUUGAAGCAUUUCCUCAGCAGUGAACAGGAAAUGCUGCAAUGGAGAGCUGAUGGCCUUCCUUCAGAUGAUUUAUCUUUGGAGAAUGCAAUAUCUAUUCUGAAAUCUGCAUCCAAACCUUUCAUUAUAGAUCCAUCCUCCCAAGCUACAAACUGGCUCAAGAAACAUUUUGAAAAUGAAGGUAAUCUAGAAGUUACAAAUGCCAAUGAUGAGCGUUUUUUUCUCAAUCUCGAGCUAUCAAUCAGAUUUGGAAAAACUUUAAUAGUUCUAGAUGCUGAGACCAUUGAGCCAGUGCUUUAUCCAUUACUGCGACUUCAAAUUGUAGGACAGGGUCCUUACAAAGUUGUACAGGUUGGAGAAAAGCAAAUUGAUUACAACCCUAAUUUCAAGUUGUUUUUGGUGUCUAGGAAUACAAAGCCUAAAAUCACCACCAACAUGCAAGCUCUUGUUUGUGUUGUUAAUUUUACCACAACCAGAGCAGGAUUGAAGGGCCAACUACUAGGUAAAGCUUUGCAACAAGAAAAGCCUGAGCUAGAAGAACGUAAAUCUUUAUUACUAAAGCAAGAAGAAGAUCUUAAAAUUCAAAUCAGCAAUCUUGAGGAUGAUUUGUUAAAUCAACUAGCAAAUUCCUCAGGAAAUAUUUUAGAAAAUAAAGACCUUUUGGACUCUCUUAAUCAAACAAAGACCAAAAGUGCUACGAUCCAAACCUCUUUGGUCGAAUCAGCAGCUUUGCAAGAAAGCCUAGAUCAAGAGGGAAAUGCCUAUUUACCACUGGCAGACUAUGCAUCUAAAUUAUAUUUUGCUUUGACAGAUCUUUCAAAUAUAAAUAACAUGUAUCAAUAUUCUCUGAGCUCCUUUCUUUCACUGUAUGUAAAAACUUUGAAAACUGUUCCUGCUGGAAAUAUGAAUGUUAGAAUGGAGAACUUGAAAAAAACUUUACAGGCAACAGUUUAUGGCUAUAUAUCUAACUCUCUGUUCAAAUCUGAUAGGUUGAUGUUUGCUCUUCAUCUUUCACAUCAGAUGAAUCCAGAAAUGUUUUUAAAAAAUGAAUGGGAACAUUUCUCAGGAAUGCUUAUAGACUAUGCAUCUUCUGAAAACUCAAUCAGCUUACCAGAUUGGAUAGAGGAAGAUCGGAAAAAUGAUGUAUCCAAGUUAAUGAAAGGAUUGCCAGAGCUUGGUAAUCUUCUUCAACUUGAAGAUGGGAAUAUGUGGGGAAGUUUUAUGAAGAGUGAGGAAUGUGAAAAGGAACUGCCUGUACUUGUGAGCAAAAAACUAUCCUUGUUCCAAAAGCUGUUGGUUGUUCAGGCACUGAGGCCAGAUCGCUUGGUGAGUGCUUUGGAAGAUUUUCUUCAGUUGGGACUAAGCUUGAAAGAGCUUUCAGCCCCAGCUCUCAGUAUGAAGAGUGUCUUUAAGGAAACGGUAACACAGGAACCUAUUUUGUUGAUUGUUUCCCCAGGUUCUGAUCCUUCUCAAGAUCUUAGAGACCUGUCCGUUCAAAAUAGACAAACGCUGCAUGAGGUUGCUUUGGGUCAAGGUCAAACUGAUUAUGCCAUUGAAAAGUUGAGAGAAUCAAUGAAACAUGGCCAGUGGGUUGUCAUGAAAAAUCUACAUCUGAUGACUUUUUGGAUUCCUGUGCUCAUGAAAGAAUUAAGUACUGAUGAAAUCCACCCAGAUUUUAGAUUAUGGCUUACAGCAGAAUCUCAUCCAAAAUUUCCAACAACAUUAUUGGAAUCAAGUUUAAAGAUUUCUUAUGAAGCCCCUCCUGGGAUUAAAAGGAAUCUUCAAUCAACUGUAGAUUCCUGGAAUACUGAAUUCAUGGCUAAGGGAGAAAGUGCAUUGCGAGCUCAAACAAUGUUUACCCUGGCUUGGUUUAAUGCAGUGAUACAGGAGAGAAGAACCUUUAUUCCUCAAGGAUGGGCCAGCUUUUAUGAGUUCUCAGAUUCUGAUCUUCGCUCUGGAAUAGAGGUCAUUGAAAACCUUUAUGCUAACUCUGGAGAUAACAUAAGUUGGGAUUUUAUUCAUGGCCUUUUCAAAAAUGCCAUAUUUGGAGGCAGGGUUGACAAUGUUUAUGAUCUGAGGAUUUUAGAUUCAUAUCUUCGUAUAUUCUUUAAUGCUAAUGUAUUGUCUGGCCAAUUAAGAGCUAAGAGUCCAUUAGGCCCAGGGCUUGAACUACCAACCUCUUUCAAGUACAGUGAGUAUCAAGAUCUUGUUUUCAAGUUACCAGAAGAAGAUAAACCAUCCUUCUUUGGCCUGCCUCCAAAUAUUGAAAGAGCUCAUCAGAGAAAUGUCAGCAAUAUGGUCAUAAAACAGUUACGAUUGCUUUCUUUAUCAUCUGCAGAUGGUUCCAAGUUUGAUAGGGAAAAGUGGCAACAAGAACUGUCCCCUGUCUUGAACUUGUGGAAAAAGUUGAAUCAAGGAACAGGUAUUUUACAACUAAAACUGGAACCUCCCCUUGCGUCUGAUUCUGUUCCGAUAAAAGAAUUUGUACAAUUGGAAUUCUAUAAUGGUGUUUCUCUUCUUCAGAACGUGCAUAAGACCCUGUCAGCAAUGGCUAAAGUAAUAAAAGGGACAUCACUUCUUGAUGCCACAGUAACAAAGCUUGCAAAGAGCAUUCUCAGACAAGAGACUCCCCUAGCAUGGCAAAAACUCUGGAAUGGACCUGAAAAUCCAACAGAUUACAUCAAAUGCAUAGUUUCUAAGGUUAAUGAAAUCCAAAAAUGGACAUCAAGGGUGGAUCAAGGAUCUCUUUUGAAAGAUUCAAUUGAUUUCUCGGAUCUAUUUUUCCCUGACACUUUCCUUAGCGCUCUUGCUCAGCAAAGUGCACGGGAGUUCAAUAUUUCAAUGAGUGAGAUGAAGCUGCAUACAUCCUGGUCAAAGGGAGGGGUAUCAGGAGCUAAGAUUUCCAUCAAAGUUUCUUUACUGCAGUUGGAAGGAGCAACAUUUGAUGGAGUAAGAAUGGUAAGCAACAGCCACAACAGUCCGAGCAUUCAAACUGCUCCGACUUGUAGUUUCGCCUACUUACCAGAAUCCAGCACAAGUGCUAGUCCUUCAUCUGAGGUGAUGCUUGUACCGUUGUACUGGAACCAGGAAAGAGAAAGAUUGUUGGCUAUGGUUGAGAUGCCAAGUGGAGGAGAGGAAGAACGCUGGCUUCAAGCCGGAGUUUCUUUGUUUAUAAAAGAUAGUGUCUAAGCACUUGAUAUUAAUCUAUCAUUAUUUUUCCUGGGUGUAUCUUUUAGUUCAGAAAAUCCUAAAUGAAUUGAGUUUUUGCCACAAACUCAAAUUUGUGAAUCCCUAUUUCUUUGCAACCCGAUGGUGUAAAAUUUUGA